AUGAACAAAUACUUAAAAGCGUCGAAUUUAAUUUAUAUUUGUGCCUCUCUGGGUAUUCAUUCCAUAUUUUUUAAAAAAGAAAAAAGAACAAAUAAUAAAAAUUUAAGCCAUAUUAAAAAUUUCAUAAAAUUAAAAAAUAUAAUAUUAUUAACAUCUUGUGAAGAAAUUACCCCCCAUACAAAAGAAGAAGAAAAAAAAAAGAAUUAUAAUAGGUAUCACAAUCAAUUAUUUAAAAAUAAAACAAAUCAAAAUAAUAUACAUAUUGCUAAUAAUGAAGUAGUAAAUUAUUUAGAUGAAUUAUAUAAAGAAAAUAAAAAUGAAAAUGUAAUUACAAAGGGGGAUGAGGAAGAGGUAAAUUUUAAUUCAUCAAGUAUAUUGUCAUCCUUCGUUGAUGAUAAUAAAAAUGUAAAACAUAAAAAUGAUAAAUGUAUAAACGAUAAAUAUAUUAAUUAUCAAUAUAUUAAUGAUCAAUAUGAUAGUGAUAAAUGUAUAAAUGAUCAAUAUAUUGAAUCCGAAAGAGUUGAAGAAAAUAUAAAAUUAAGUGAAGAUAUAAUAAAUAUAAUUGAAAAUAUUUUAAACAAAUAUAAUGUUGUUUUAUUUAUGAAAGGGACAGCUUUAAAUCCUUAUUGUAAAUAUAGUAAACAAGCUAUUCACAUUCUAAAAUUAAAUAAAGUAAAAGAAAUUCAUACUGUCAAUAUUUUAGAUAAUCAACAAUUAAGAAAUGCUUUAAAAAUAUAUUCUAAUUGGCCUACGUUUCCUCAAUUAUAUGUUAACCAAAAAUUUGUAGGUGGCAUAGAUAAGUUGCAAGAAUUACAUGACCAAAAUAAAUUCAAAGAUAUAAUAUAA